AUGACCAACAACGAGCCUCACCUUUGUUUCCGGGCCUUUGUGGACGCCCUCAAGGCCGACAAUGAUCUCAUCGAGAUCGACACCCCGGUUGACCCCAACCUCGAGGCUGCUGCCAUUACCCGGCUGGUCUGUGAGACCGAUGACAAGGCGCCUCUCUUCAACAAUGUCAUCGGCACACAGAAUGGCCUUUUCCGUAUCCUCGGUGCGCCAGCAUCUCUAAGGAAGUCCCCCAAGGAUCGCUAUGGCCGCCUUGCUCGCCAUCUGGCCCUGCCACCAACCGCCUCGAUGAAGGACAUCCUGGACAAGAUGCUGUCCGCUAGCGAGAUGCCCCCGAUUCCGCCCCAGAUUGUGACCACUGGCCCGUGUAAGGAGAAUGUCCUGGAGGAAAGCCAGAUUGAUCUAACCAAGCUUCCUGCCCCCCUGAUUCACCAGGCGGAUGGUGGCAAGUACAUCCAGACCUACGGGAUGCACAUCGUACAGUCUCCUGAUGGGUCGUGGACCAACUGGUCCAUUGCCCGCGCCAUGGUCUCUGAUGAGAAGCACUUAACCGGCCUGGUCAUUGAGCCGCAGCACCUCUGGCAGAUCCACCAAAUGUGGAAGAAGGAAGGAAAAGACGUCCCCUGGGCGCUGGCCUUCGGCGUUCCCCCUGCUGCCAUCAUGGCAUCCAGCAUGCCUAUUCCGGACGGUGUCACCGAGGCUGAUUAUGUGGGUGCCAUGACUGGCUGUGCCCUCGAGCUGGUCAAGUGCGACACCAACAAUCUCUAUGUGCCCGCCAACUCCGAGAUCGUCAUGGAGGGUACCCUAUCGAUCAGCGAGACGGGCCCGGAAGGUCCGUUUGGCGAGAUGCACGGCUACGUCUUUCCUGCCGACACCCACCUGUGGCCAAAGUAUAAGGUCAACCGAAUCACCUACCGCAACGACCCCAUCAUGCCCAUGUCCUCUUGCGGCCGCUUGACCGAUGAAACAGUAAGGCUCUUCCCUCUCAGCGAUAUCAAUAUCACAAUCCGUUUCCCCCGUCUAAUAUCACAUCCCCAGCACACCAUGAUCGGCUCCCUUGCCGCAGCCCAAAUCCGCAAAGUCUGCCAGGAAAACGGCCUUCCCGUCACCGACGCCUUUGCCCCCUUCGAGUCCCAAGUAACCUGGGUCGCGCUCCGCAUCGACACUGCCCGCCUGCGCGAAAUGAAAACCACCCCCGCUGAAUUCCGCAAGCGCGUCGGCGACGUCGUCUUCAACCACAAGGCCGGGUACACCAUCCACCGCCUGGUCCUGGCAGGCGAUGAUAUUGACGUGUAUAACGGCAAGGACGUGAUGUGGGCCUUCUCGACGCGGUGCCGGCCCAACCUCGACGAGACUUUCUUCCAGGACGUGCGCGGGUUCCCGCUGAUCCCGUAUAUGUCGCAUGGCAAUGGGUCGCCGACGAAGGGUGGCAAGGUUGUGUCGGAUGCGCUGAUGCCGACGGAGUAUACAACUGGAAGGGAUUGGCAGGCAGCUGAUUUUGAAAACUCAUAUCCGGAGGAGGUUAAGAGGAAGGUUUUGGAGAAUUGGACAAAGAUGGGAUUCCGGGCGGAGUAG